AUGUCAAACAGUGAGUUUUUGUUAAAUAAAUUUCAAUUUUGUGAGAAAAUACCAAAUUAUAUAAAAUAUAAGAUAAAACUAUUUCAUUGUAACGGCCAAAGUGUAUGGUUUGUGACAAAUGAUGAUCGAGUCUAUACAUUAGGUUAUAACUGGAAAGGUAUACUUGGUUUGGGUCACAACAACAACAACAACAACAACAGUGAUGUCAAUGAACCACAAGUUAUACCUGAAUUGUGUCAGAAAAAUGUUAGCAAAUUUUCUAUAGGAAUUGAUUUUGCAUUGUGUAUGACAUCCGAUCAACAUAUAUAUAGCUGGGGUUCAAAUGAUUGGAAACAAUUGGGUAGACAUACCAUCAGUGAUGAUGAAUGUAAUAAACCAGCAAUAAUUAACUUGAAAUGUAUUACUGAUAUCAUGUGCGGUGAUUAUCAUACACUAGCGCUGACCAAUGCUGGCACUGUCUAUGGAUGGGGUGAUAACAAUGAAGGACAGUGUGGUUGUUGCCGACAACAAACUGAUUGUAUUGAUAGUCCAACACGUAUUAUAUUUCCCGGAAAUACUUCAAUUAAAUCAAUUUAUUCAUACAAUUGUUGUUCAUUUGCCAUAACAACUAAUGAUGGACUCGUAUACAGUUGGGGUCAGAAUCGUGAUAAUCAAUUGGGACAUAAAAAUAUCGAUAAUUAUUCUACACCUAAACUAAUUGAUGGUUUAAUAAAUAUUAAAUCAAUAUCACAUAACUAUGAUUAUAAUGAUAUUAAAUUAACAUAUUUUCUAACAAAUGAUGGUUAUGUUUAUCAAUGCGGUAGUGCUGACGAUAUAGCAUAUGAUAUGCCAAUAAAACUUAAUGUUUUAUCAGUCGAUAACAUAAUAGGAACGGGAGGUUUUGGCAAAGUCUAUAAAGUUGAUGACAGAGAAACUAAUGAAUUAUUUGCUGUAAAACAAAUUACUUUAGAAUAUAAGAAUACUAAGGAUUUUAAUAUUAUAAAAGAAAUCAAUCAAUUGUUAAAACUUCAGUCAAAAUUUGUAGUUAAAUGUUAUUACGCGUGGUUUGAGUCCAAUAUUUUCUACAUUCAAAUGGAGUUAUCUUCACAUAGUCUUAAAAAAUUAAUUGAAAUCAAAUCAAAUUUAUUUCAAAGACAAUCAAAUGAACCGAUGAAUUGUAUUGAAGUUUACAUUACUAGUCAUCUGAUGUUUGAAUUGUGUGAAUGCGUUGAAUAUCUGCAUACAAGACAACCACCGGUUAUUCAUCGCGAUCUCAAACCCGCAAAUAUACUCAUUAAUGAUAAACCAAUUGGUAAUCGGUUUUUGAAAUUAUGUGACUUUGGUUUGACAACAGAUCACUGGAGAACUGAUACCCAAUCGGAAAGUCAUACAUCAAGAAUAGGUAGUCAACGAUAUACAUCACCAGAAGCUUAUAGCGGACAGUAUAAUGAAAAACGUGAUAUCUAUAGUUUGGGUAUUAUUUGCCAGGAAUUGUUUGAUUUACAUUUAAAUCAUCUGAUGCUUGAAUUGUGUGAAUGCGUUGAAUAUCUGCAUACAAGACAACCACCGGUUAUUCAUCGCGAUCUCAAACCCGCAAAUAUACUCAUCAAUGAUAAACCAAUUGGUAAUCGGUUUUUGAAAUUAUGUGACUUUGGUUUGACAACAGAUCACCGGAGAACUGAUACACAAUCAGAAAGUCAUACAUCAAAGUUGGGUACAAAUAAAUAUAUGCCAUUUGAAGCCUACAGUGAAAAUUAUAAUGAAAAACGUGAUAUCUAUAGCUUAGAUAUCAUCGGUCACUAUUAA